UUACGGCGGCCGUGCCGGGUCAUUCCUAGCGGCAGUGCGUUGCUUCUCUUUCGUCUGAGGAUCACAAUGGCCGGCCGGGGAAAGCUCAUCGCUGUGCUGGGCGACGAGGAUACGGUGACCGGGUUCCUGCUGGGUGGCGUCGGGGAGCUCGACAAGCACCGGCGCCCGAACUUCCUGGUGGUGGAGAAGGAGACCGCGCUGGCCGAGAUCGAGGAGGCUUUCCGGGGCUUCCUGGGCCGCGAAGACAUCGGCAUCAUCCUCAUCAACCAGUACAUCGCAGAGAUGAUUCGGCACGCAAUCGACGCGCACACCAAGUCCAUCCCGGCUGUGCUGGAGAUCCCCUCCAAGGAGCACCCCUACGAUGCCUCCAAGGACUCCAUCCUGCGCCGUGCCAAGGGCAUGUUCACGGCUGAGGACUUGCGGUAGAUGGAGGAGAGGCCGCCGCUGCUGCUGCAGCCCUGCGAUGCCGCGGAGAGUUGUCCCUCCUUGCCCCCGUUGCUUAGAUAUCUUUGAUUGCAAAAAUGUCCUCCUCCUUUUCACUCUGCCUGAGGAUGGGUGGAAGAUGGCCCUGGGCUUGCCAUCCCUCGGAUGGCUUCGCCCCGGUCAGCUUCGAUCCGGGUCUCUGGGGUGCUGGCCGGGGCAUCCGUAACACGGGGCACAGGCAGAGCAGUGAGCCGCCGCGGUGGCAGCCGCUGGAAGCCGAUUGCACCCCUGGCCUGCUCUGGGAGGGCAGCGUCGGCCCCCGGGGCCCAGUUGCUCCCGUGUUUGGCUUCCACUGGUGCUGGGGCCGGCCCGGGCACCCCCUCGCCUCCUGCGGCGGCCCAUUUAUCCCUCCUGCGAGAAACGUCCUCAGUGGGUUUCUUGGUGGAGAGAAACGCCGGCUCUUUUAGGGUGUCUUGGUUCUGCGUGCUUUGGGCCCGGGUUGCCGCUCUCCUCUGGAUGGCGCAGUGCUCCAUGCUUAAUCUCUCGCCCCCCCCCCCCCCCAUCCUGAGAAGUAAAGUCUCUCUUGAAGAUAAACUGGCCCCAAGGGCAGAGCCUGGACUUCCCUUCUUGUGGUGGACGGGGAGGCGGCGUCGCGUCUCGGGAACUUGUUGUGCACACAAGACACCGCUUGGAGUGGCGUUUUCCUCCCGCUUGCAGUCCUGAUGGGUCGUAGCCCAAAUCUUUCGGGCGCAGUGUCGCUAGUGCGCUGCCCGUUCGACGCACGAAGGUCCUCUGCUGUUGGGGGAUGAUGGGCCACACGGCCUGCUCCUUGCGAAAGUCCCACGCGGAAGACGUGCUGAGGGGGAGCCCACCUGCAGCACGGUUUCCCUGUGUGUUGUGCUGUGUUAUGAUUCAGUGUCUUUGUCCACUGGCCCAAGUGUGUGAUCUUUAGUCAUAGUGAAUCAUACUUCUGUUUUCUGAUCAACACUGAAGGAACCUGUUCAGUGACCAAUAAAACUCUCAACCGCU